AUGGGAAUGGGCAAGACCCUUAGUACCCUUGUCACCAUCCUACAUACAUUGCAAUCUGCCGUUGACUUUGCCGACUUUACGUUUCAGCUGAUCGACAACUGGCAAUCCGAGAUUGAACGUCACAUGUCUGGAGCUCUGCACGUCACAAUAUUCCAUGGGGAACAAAAGCCUCGGGGAUACGAGACUCUCAUGGACACAGAUCUGGUUCUCACGACAUACUCUACACUCGCAUCCGAUUACAAGAGAAGCGGUUUGCUUCACAGAAUGGAGUGGUAUAGGGUAGUUCUCGAUGAAGGUACACCCAUUCAAAACAAGCUAGAGGAUCUCUCAUCUCUUGCGGAUUUCCUUCGGUUACCGCCUUAUUUGGCGAAAAAUGCUUUCCGAAAGCACGUUCUGGAGCCCCUCUCCGGGGGAGGCAGGUGCAACUCUGAACCAUUGCGAGCCUACCUCCGUUCGUACUGUCUCCGCCGAACGGAUAAAUGUCUCGAUGUACCCCCAUCAACGUCCAAGAUCAUUUAUCUGGCUCUCUCUGAUCAAGAACAGUGGACUUACGAUGCUAUUUUGAGCAGGACAAAAUGGCUUUUGGACGACAUCGUCAGUGGCAAAGAUACAGGUACCCUCAAGCUGUACAAUGUACUAUUCACUGCUAUCCUGAAGAUGCGCAUGAUGUGCAAUCAUGGUACUUUGAACCCUCUAUGGGCCUCUGCGGAUUACCUUACGCCACAGCACGGGGAGGUUGACACGUCGUGUGAACGAUGCUCAUCCUUAGAGAAUGACGUGGACUUUGGGGAUAUUCAGUUCUGCCCAAACUGUCGUCGCCCUCUUCAACCUGGUAGUCAUUUCGUGAAUGCAGGAGAGAGUCCUGACCCAACUGGCUUGUUGGGCGACGCCAUCGCAGACACAAUCGAUAUCAAUAGCUCGUUGCAGACAGACCUGUUCUCAACGAAGCUUAAAGCCGUGAGAAAGCAAGUACUUGAAGCUGGAACGGGCACCAAGCACCUCAUAUUUUCUCAGUGGAUACCCACUCUAUACGGGCUUGUCCACAUAUUCAGAGACGCAGGUGUCGCUGCACUCCUUGUGCAUGGCAAAACAAGCAUCUCCGAGCGAACGAGACUUAUCAGGACUUUCCAGGGAGAUCCUCAAGCGUUCAUCCUAAUCAUGUCUGUGGGUACAGGGGCAGUCGGACUGAAUCUCACAGCGGCAAGUCACGUACAUGUCGUUGAGCCGCACUGGAAUCCUUCAGUCGAGGCUCAGGCUAUUGCUAGGGCAGUUCGCAUGGGCCAGACGAAAAAUGUCCUUGUGACAAGGUACAUUAUGAAAAGAACCGUGGAAGACACCAAGAAGCAAACGCUCGCGAAGCUGACAUUCGACACCGGUGAUGGGGUCAACGAUAACCUGGAGGACUUCAAGGCCGUGCUAGGUGUUAAACUCGAUUAA